AUGGACGUGCAGCAUGAGCUGCGCAGUCUCGAUGACAUCGCUUCCUCUCGACCGGUUGCAUUGAGUGAGCUCUGGAACAGAGCAAGCUUGCGUGGCAAGGUCACAAAGCCACUGAAGCCCCUGCAGAUUGGUAGUCGACAGAUCCACGAUGUCAAAGAGAUCUCAACUGACACCGAAACCGUUGUUGUCGCACAAUGCAAGCCUCGUCCUACCCUUGCCACGAUGCACCGCUCUUAUAUUGAUGAGGGUCACCACAACGGUCAACAAACUGAAAUAUUGCAACGCUCCCGUAUUCGUUCGGAAGCGUACUAUCCGACACACACAUAUGAGGCGAAAGAACACCCCUGGUAUGAAAACACUGACGGUCAUAUUCAGCAGAACCCCCUAAGCUACUGCGACGGCUAUGAUUCUUCCUAUCUUCAGUGUCUCCGCCACGAUUAUCGCAGCGUAUCGGACGGGCUUUUUUUCAAACCUCAGAACUUCCUCCAAUCUGAACAUGCUACCUGGCCUGCAGAAGCGUGCACGACCCCCCACAACACUCGCGUCGACUCCUACGAUCAAUGCUCCGUCGCCGAUCACCAGUACAUGCCGGAGUCGUACAUCGAGCUGCCCCAUGGCGGCAUCAACAAUGGAUAUGAUCAGUCGACUUAUGGGUCGCUGGAGGCUCAAGACUACCAUUAUAGCCAGAGGGACAUUCAUGGGGCGGCUCUCCCGAUUGAGCAUGCAUAUUCCGACCAAGCCCAGGUCAAUUAUACCUGUCAUGACCCCGUUCAAGGCGAUGCAGAACUUUUAGAGGUCGUUCGUCAAAAGCUUCUGAGAAAGAUCUCCAGUUCCUCUGAGGCACAGACUUCAGGCUCCGCGGAAGUUCGGGCUUCCAACCCUAUUCGAGUUUCCUUAGCAUCUCAUGACAGGAAGCCAAGCUCUGCUGAGAGCGAUUCGUCCAAAGCUAGCAGCAAACGAUCGAUCAAAGAAGAGGCAACUGCCUUCCUUCAGAGCGUCGUUGAGAACUCUGACUUUGACGCCAAGCGAACCAGGUUCCAGGAUCUGACGGACAAACCCGAGGGUUCUGCUAUUGUUCGGCUCCAAGAAGGGGGCCACGAAGCAGAACACGUGAAAUCACAGUCCGUUGGCAUGUGUGACCGUCAUGCAAACUUGGAGGACACACGCUCAGUCAGUAGACAGUUCAACCUCGCAGACAAAGAUGCCAAUUCGCUUUCAAAAGCCGGCGCUAUUGAACACCUUCCUCUCAGAACCAGUCAUUGUCUUGUUAAUGAAGGCGAUAUAACAAAGGACAAGCAAGAGAACCCCUACGAUAAGCUGCUGGUAGCUAACAGCAAGGUUGUCCCGCCUGCACCGGGGCUUCCCAUGCCCUCGGAACAACGGAAGUCAACUGAUUUCUUGUUCUUCGAUACCCUGGCACCAAAGAGGGCUAGGCUUGAGGAAGCGAAUUCCUGGUUCCAUACCGAUAACCGGGGUGCGGGUGAGCUUCGACAGCUGGUCGCAUCCAUUGCUUAUGAUCACGUUGAGAGAGAAGCAUUGCUUCAUGGUACUUCUCGCCCCACAUCAGAGACUAUGACUGCAUGGCAGACGACUCUGCUUCUGGGGAACGUUAUUGCCAAUCUUCAAUUGCAUGCGUCCAAUGAUCCUACCAAGCAGACUGACUACUUUGCAAAUUACGGAGAGGUCGACUCGGGCUGCCGCGAGCCCAGCCAUGGCGGACGUCGCAGUUAUUUCUUUCAGGACCCUGCAGUUACCCAUUGGAAACUUCCAACCGGUCGAGCCGGCCCUGAUAUGAGAAAAGAGUCAGAAGAUGGAUUCGCCGGUCCUCAAGUCUACAGUCAACCUUCUGGUACUUGGUAG